CACACCCGGCCCGCCGCCGCCAUCUUUGUUAGGGGCGCGGGGCCUGGGGUCCGGAGAUGCCGAAGUCGUGCGCGGCCCGGCAGUGCUGCAACCGCUACAGCAACCGCAGGAAGCAGCUCACCUUCCACCGGUUCCCGUUCAGCCGGCCCGAGCUGCUGAAGGAAUGGGUGCUGAACAUCGGGCGGGGCAACUUCCAGCCCAAGCAGCACACGGUCAUCUGCUCGGAGCACUUCCGCCCCGAGUGCUUCAGCGCCUUUGGGAACCGCAAGAACCUGAAGCACAACGCGGUGCCCACGGAGUUCGCCUUCCAGGACGCCAGGCAGGUCUCUUACACCCCGACGGGGCCCAACAUUGGCCACUGUCCACAGCAGCUGCCUGUCUCACAGCUGCUGAGGGAAGACACAGACACGGCCGGCAAGGGUGGGCAUGCCGACUCUGAGAAGGAAAAGGUCUUCCCAGAAGCGGAGGCCAGGGAGCACGGCCCGGAGAGAAAGACGGACACAGCCCUCGAAGGGCUGCAGCGGCCUCCCAGCGCCAGAGACCCUGCAGGGCAGGUCCUGCCAUGUAGACCAGAAGCAGCUGUGGCCCCUGCUCAGCCGGCCAGCCCCCCACAGCCAUCUGACCACAGCUACGCCCUUUUGGACUUAGAUGCCUUGAAAAAGAAACUGUUUGUGACCCUGAAGGAAAACGAAAAGCUCCGGAAGCGCUUGAAGGCCCAGAGGCUGGUGAUGCGGAGGCUGUGCCGCCGCCUGCGAGCCCACGGAGCCGGGCGGCCAGGCCCCCGGGCAGGGCCCCGGCCAGAGCAGCAGAGCUGAGCCCGGCAGCCCAGCUUUCUCGAGCCUGGGCGCUGGGGCCGCGGUUCGGAGGCUCUGGCCACGAGCCGUUCAGUCCUGCUGCUGACAGUGGCAGCGAGGCCUGCAGGUGAGGAGCCCAGCGCGGCCUCAGGGGUUCGGUGGCACCGGGCUGUGAACAUGAGGAACUUGGUCAUCCAGGUGACGGCCCCAGCUGUCCAUUCAGCACGAGCCAGGCCAGCGUCCUCAGAACCACAGCAUGCUGAGCAGAGUGGCAGACACCCCUGUGGGGAGAGACUUAGUGCAUGGGUCACUCCCACCCCACACCAGAGGGGGGACAGGUGACUCAGGCAGCAGGAGUGGCCCCUCCAUUGCCCGGACAGCCAGCUCUCCGGCUGACAGCGGCCUCUGUUCUAAGGAGUGCCUCUUCCCGGCCUGGUUUGAUGGAACUAGUUGACCAAGUGUCUUCCUACAUUAAAGGGUUUCCUCCUGUACGUAAAAGCAAACGCUGGCCCUGGCCGGGGUGCUCAGUUGGUUAGAGCAUCAUCCCAAUACACCAAGGUUGGGGGUUUAAUCUCCGAUCAGGGCACAUACUAGAAGCAACCAGUGAGUGCACAAAUCCAUGGAACAACAAACCCAUGUUGCUCUCUCUCAAAUAAUUAAAAAACAGUCCUGGGCCCAGCUGGUGUGGCUCAGUGGUUGAGCAUCGACCUAUGAACCGGGAGGUCACAGUUCAAUUCCUGGGUGGGGCACAUGCCCAGGUUGUGGGCUCCAUUCCCAGUGGGGAGAAUGCAGGAGGCAAUUAUGAUUCUCAUAAUUGAUGUUCUUAUCUCUCUGUGCCUAUCUGAAACAAUAAAAAUAUUUAAACAGAUUAAAAA